UUCGCAGUGCGUGGGAAAGUUGUCGGUGGUGAAUGUGCCACGUCUGCUAGGAAGGGGGAGUCAUGAACUUGCCAGAGGCUGUUGUCUUUAAGUCUUCAACUACAUCCUUAACUCUAUGAGGUCGGGGGGCCCUUUUUGUGUUUUUGUAGCAACUUGUUUCCCGCCCUGGCAACAUGAGGCUUUUCUUGUGGAACGCGGUCCUGACGCUUUCAGUCACUUCUUUGAGUGGGGCUCUGAUCCCUGAACCAGAAGUGAAGAUUGAAGUGCUCCAGAAGCCGUUCAUCUGCCAUCGCAAGACCAAAGGAGGGGAUUUGAUGUUGGUCCACUAUGAAGGCUACUUAGAAAAGGACGGCUCCUUAUUUCACUCCACUCACAAACAUAACAAUGGUCAGCCUAUUUGGUUUACCCUGGGCAUCCUGGAGGCUCUCAAAGGUUGGGACCAGGGCUUGAAGGGAAUGUGUGUAGGAGAGAAGAGAAAGCUCAUCAUUCCUCCUGCCUUGGGCUAUGGAAAAGAAGGAAAAGGUAAAAUUCCCCCAGAGAGUACACUGAUAUUCAACAUCGAUCUCCUAGAGAUUCGAAAUGGACCAAGAUCCCAUGAAUCAUUCCAAGAAAUGGAUCUUAAUGAUGACUGGAAACUCUCUAAAGAUGAGGUUAAAGUGUAUUUAAAGAAGGAGUUUGAAAAGCAUGGUGCAGUGGUGAAUGAAAGUCAUCAUGAUGUUUUGGUGGAGGAUAUUUUUGAUAAAGAAGACGAAGACAAAGAUGGAUUUAUAUCUGCCAGAGAAUUUACAUAUAAACAUGAUGAAUUAUAGACACACGUCUGCCCAUUUUAUAUAGCAUCCAUCCUUAAAAGAGAGGGUAACCAUCUUGAAAGAAAGUCUUAUUUGUUAACUAUGUUCUGUUCAUGCUUUGGUUUUUAUUUUUAUAUAUUUUUCUGAAUAUUAUUA